GAAAUAGCCCAGAGUUGUCUCUGCACCACACCCGGAGCGCCUGGAGCUUUAUCCCCGACCAGAUCCGAGAUAAAGCCAGACGCCAACCGGUCUCACCGGGACCCUAGCCUUCGCUCCCGAUCUGAUUCUGACCUCAGCCUGCAGCAUCCCCACUACGGUUCAGACAGCGGAAUGGCGGCGACGCUGAGGCUGGAGCCUGCGGGCCGCAGCCUGUGGGACGAGCCGCUGCGCAUCUCGGUGGGCGGCCUGGCCCCCCGGCAGCCGGUCACUCUGCGCGCGGCCCUGCGCGACGAGAAGGGCGCGCUCUUCCGCGCCCACGCGCGCUACCUCGCCGACCCCGCCGGCCGGCUGGACCUGGAGCGCGCGCCCGCGCUGGGCGGCAGCUUCGCGGGGCUCGAGCCCAUGGGGCUGCUCUGGGCGCUGCAGCCCGAAAAACCUUUAUGGAGAUUUUUGAAGCGGGACGUGCGGACGCCCUUCGUCCUGGAGCUGGAGGUGCUGGACGGCCACGACCCCGAGCGCGGGCGGCUGCUGGGCCGCGCGGUGCACGAGCGCCACUUCCUGGGGCCCGGGGUGCGGCGGGAGCCGGUGCGGGCCGGCCGGGUGCGCGCCACGCUCUUCCUGCCACCAGGACCUGGACCUUUCCCAGGGAUCAUUGACCUGUUUGGUCUUGGAGGAGGCCUGCUGGAAUACAGAGCAGCCCUUCUGGCUAGCCAUGGCUUUGCCACAUUGGCUCUAGCUUAUUACAACUAUGAAGAUCUCUCUAAGGAUAUGGACACCAUACACCUGGACUACUUUGAAGAAGCCGUGUGCUACAUGGUCCAGCACUCACAGGUAAAGGGCCCAGGCAUUGGACUUUUGGGCAUUUCUUUAGGGGCUGACAUUUGUCUCUGCAUGGCCUCAUUUUUGAAGAAUAUCUCAGCUACAGUAUCCAUCAAUGGAUCUGGAUUCUGUGGGAAUCUCCUAGUCUACAAGGAGACUAGCAUCCCACCCUUGGGCUAUGACCUAAGAAGAACCAAGGAAGAUUUCUCUGGCUUCCUAGACAUUGUGGAUAUUCGGAAUGACAUUGUGGAAGGCCAUGAGAACCCCAGCAUGAUUCCAGUAGAGAAGGCCCAGGGGCCCUUCCUGUUCAUCGCUGGUCAGGAUGACCAUAACUGGAGAAGUGAGUUAUACGCCCAGAUGAUCUCUGAUCGGUUACAGUUCCAUGGGAAGGAAAAGCCCCAGGUCAUCUCGUACCCGGGGACUGGUCAUUAUAUUGAGCCUCCUUACUUCCCCAUGUGCCCAGCUUCCUUGCACAAACUGUUGAACAAACCUGUGAUCUGGGGUGGGGAGCCCAGGGCCCAUUCAAAGGCCCAGAUAGAUGCUUGGGGGCAUAUUCUAACAUUUUUCCACAAACAUCUUGGGAGCCCUCAGAAACCACCUUCCUCCAAAUUGUAAUGAAUUAGUCUGUUGACAGGAGUUUCAAGGUCAGAUUGUAAUGUUUAAUGACUUAGUGGAACUGGGUGUUCUGUGAAUAAGGUUUAAUUCAAGUAACUGGUAUUAAUGAUGCAUUUAGGUAACUUGAAUACAUUAUUUUUUUUUCAUUGAUUUUGCUAAUGUGACAAGCACAUGACAUGACUGUUAUAGAAGAUUCAAACACAAAAAAAGUCAAGUUUCCCACUGUUAAAAAUUAUGUUUUCGGGA